GCGACGACAUCCCAUUUACGCCGAACAAGAGGACUGGUGGAUUCGUUUUUGGGACUGUGAUUGCUCCGAUUUUCUUCAACACCAUGGAAGACUCAGGCGCGCUGCCUGUGGAGAUGAACGUGAAGGACCUGAAUAUGGGGGAUGUAAUUGAUGUCUACUUCAAGGAAGGAGUCGUCAAAAAGCAUGGCACUGACACCAUCGUCUCAAAGUUCUCCCUGAAGUCAGAGGUCUUGCACGACGAAGUACAGGCGGGUGGGCGCAUCCCUCUGAUCAUUGGCCGCGGGCUCACCGGAAAAGCCCGAGACUGGGCUGCUGUUUUAAUGUCCAUGACACAGCCGGAUGCGAAAGUGAAAGGCUACACGCUUGCCCAAAAGCUGGUAGGCAAGGCUUGUGGUGUUCCCGGCGUGGUGCCCGGCACCUACUGCGAGCCCCGAAUGGGCGCUGUGGGCUCCCAGGACACGACCGGCCCCAUGACCCGAGACGAGCUGAAGGAUCUUGCCUGCCUGGGUUUUUCCGCAGAUCUGACCAUGCAAUCCUUCUGCCACACAGCGGCCUACCCUAAGCCAGUGGAUGUCACGACACACCAAACCCUCCCCAAAUUCAUCGCGGAUCGCGGGGGCGUAGCGUUGCGGCCGGGUGAUGGCAUCAUCCACUCCUGGCUGAACCGAAUGCUGCUUCCAGAUGAGGUCGGAACUGGUGGGGACUCGCACACACGGUUUCCUCUCG